AGGGAAAUGAGUGUAAAAUACUGAAAUCCUGCUCGUGCAUACGUUUAUGAAAUCGAAACUGUUUAAGAUCAUAGUACAAAUAUAAGCAAAAUUAUCUUCAAAACAAAUAUAGCAUUUUGAUAAUAUUGUGAAUUCUAUUGAAUUUUAAUCAUUAAGCUAUCGGAAUACGACGAUAACUUUAUGCAAAUUACAAAUGAAAUAUACAUGGAAUGUUUAUUUUCCUAGCCUAAUUUGUAUAAAGAUAAGUUGGAAAUAUGAGUAUUAAUUUACCCCGCAACCAUGAUUUGCAGUUGCAACUUGUAUCGUAUCAUUUUACUGUAAAGUACAGAGGAAAUAUGAAUUUUAGUGUUUUCUUUAAUAUGAAAAAACACGAGUAAUGAUGCAAUUAAAAAGUGAUAACUAAAGACCGUAAAAAGUUAUUUUGAAUGAAAACACAGGAGUUUCGGAUCAUUAAUUAUUAAUAGACCAUUUUGUAAAAAAAAGUGAGAUUAAACAUAUUGAAUCUAAAUUACUUUCAAUCAAACUUAUGACGAUACAUUAACUACACGAACAUAAAACUUGGAAAAACUUGCACCCCCAAAAUGCCUGGAUUUUUAGUGGGCGUCGGAAAGGCGGGGGAUGUGGCAGAACGCUCUCCGGCGGUAAUAUCCGCCAACCUCAAAGAAGAUAUGCUGCUACAGAAGAAGAUGGUGGUGUUAAACCGGUCUGAGAGAAGUGUGGUGCAUCAGAUCAAGGUGGAUCAAAAAGUCAUGUACAAAAGGUUCCAGGCUCGUUUAACGUGCUCUAAGCUUGCGCAUGCGCGUCUUAUGGGGGAAACAAAACUUCAAAUGCAGCUGAGAGCUAAGACGCUAGGUACACUUAACACUGACAUUGCAGGAAACUGUGAUGAAGACUAUGCAUUUCUUGAAAAAUUAGAACAAAGGCCAUGUACAUCGAGCUCAUUCUCACCACGUGGUGAAUACAAGCCUCCACUUUGGAAACAGUCUGAAGACACCAAACAGUGCGUUCAUCCUAAAUCAAUACUUAAUACAAAGAAAGAGAGAUCUUCAUCGGCUCGAGCAUCAUUUAGUAACAGAAAUAUAACGGAAAAUAAGGAAACGAAAGAUAAGAGAAGAGAAAGUAAUACUGAAUCGUUGCCUAGUGACAGAGCUCCAAAACUACGUCCAGCAACUACACUUGGAACGAGAGUUGAGAACGAGUUCAAUCGUCAUCAGAGAAAUAUGGUAAAACAAGAAAAUAAUACAGAAGGAAGUCUGACGGAAGUGGAAAAUGGCGUAGAUAAAAGCGAGUCGCUCUCAAGUGCUAGAACAGGUAUGGAGGGCGAAGACAACACUAAUAGUUUGGGUGACAAACAUACCGACACUUCAGAUGAUAGUAUUGACGAUGUUAAAAACAAACCUAACGUUGCAUUCCUUGAACACUUUGAUUUUACUGAUAAUCGUCCUAAAACAGUUGCCGAUAUUUCACAAUGGAAUACUUCUAUCCCGACUUCACCCACAUCACCUAAACAAAUGUCUCGCCGGACCAGUAAAGCAGCCGAUUUCUUCCAGGCAGAAGAGAAAGUAGAUAUGGUUGCUUUAAGACUUCAAGAAGCGAAGACACUAGACUUCACAGAAAAUGUACACAAAUUUUGUGAAGAGCUAGAAGAAAUGAAGUGUUCACGCACGCGCCCUGACAUAGAUUACUACUCUAUGCGACUUCAAAUGUCGUUGGAUCAAGCACAUUCAAAGUCUCUCGUUGAAGUACCUGGGACGCCUGAGGAUGAACAUGCAAGAUCUAUGGGAAAUCUAUUCGUUAAAAGUUUAACCUUGCCUCCAAUUAACUUUUAUACCGAUUAGAUUGAUAGUUUCCUUUAGUUAGAUAUGUUGUGUUGAGGGACAAUAGAGACAAACUGUUAAUAGCAGACUUACCACCUAUAUAGUUGUCAAUUAUAUUCCCAUUUUAUUGUAGUUGCUGUUGUUGUUGCUGCUGCUGAUGCUCUGCUGUUGAGAAAUAUUUCAAAGAACUUUGUUGAAAUAAAAAGAUUGAAUGUUUUAAGUAAAUUCGAAAGUUUUAGAAAAAAUAGAAAUUUGUGCCAGAUUUUAAGGUAUAUUCUGACGUUGAUUUUAUAUGUUGUGCUGUUGCAUUUGCGAGAAUGUGCUGCUACUAUAACCAAUUACUGUAUAUUAUUUAGAUAAAAGAUUUGAACAAUGUUCUCGUUUUAUGAGAAGACAAUCAUCUUUUUAUGUUUAUUUUUUCUGUGGCAUGCAUAAACAAAAAUGUAACAGGCAAAUUGAUUAAAACGUACAUUUUUAUUGACUAGUAACGGUAACUCAAUCACGUAUUUGAUAUCUUUGAGGGAAGUAUUGUGUCCCCUGUAUUAGGGCAUAAUGGAGGUACAAUAUCACUGUAGGCCACAAUGAUAGAGUUAACAUUCGUUGAUUCUACCGCGCCGGGUACGUUAGUACAAUCUUCGCAGUUAUUGAAUUGACUAAACUCGUCACAUAGUUUUAUUGGAGAUCUGCUCAUUCUUUCAUCUAUAUAAUGACUUUCAACAAUCGGAGAAUUUAGAAUUUCCUGCAGGUCGAAGUCUGUUAAAUCUCUGUCGACUGUUAGUUGUUUGUAUGUGGAAAAUUCUCCUACCGGAAAUGGGCAAGUGUCGUCUGAUGCAGUACUGUAGGCGCUCGUGCUGCUGUCAGUUGACCGGCAUGAUUGCAUACCUGAG